AUGUGUGAAUACACCUCCCACGAGUACUACAAGGCCUGCCAUCACACAGUCCCCUGCCACCUCAAGUACAGCCUGCGCUACUGCCAGAGCCCCAACGGCACCCCGUUACCAGAUCCGUCCAAACUCAAAGAAUCCGGCUUCUGCCCGUCGCGAUGUUGCGAUAUGGACAAGUGGAAGCAGAGGGUUAUGCGGGUGGAGGGGAAGUGUUUGAAUUGCGUGGAGACGGAGGAGGGGCGGGUGAAUGAUCAGGGGUUGGAGCGGGAGCGGGAGCGGGAGCAGCAGCAGGGCAGUGUGAAAGGGAAGGGGGAGGAGAAGGGGGAGGAAGAGGAAGAAGAGGAAGAGGGGGUCAAGGAGACGAGCGUGUAUCGGGACUGGGAUAUUCCUGAUACGAUUCACAGGUUCGAGUGCGGGCACUGCAAGUUCUGGAUCAGGGGGGACAGCGUGCAGAAGUGCUUACAUGUGGUUGGGGGGGUUAGUGGGGAUGGUCGUGGUGUCGACGUUUCCAGGUUCCCUGUGGAGGAGGGGGACUGGGAGAUUGUGGAUUUUUGGGGGACGCAGUUUCGGUAUUCGGUGGAGGAGGUGGCUAAGAUAAAGGUUCAGGGGCGGCAUGUUCGAGGGCUCUGCGGGGGAUGUCAAUCGCAGAGGUUUAGGGCGGGGGUCGAGGCCGGGUUGGAACUGGGGACGGGAGGGCGGGGGCAAGGUGAAUCGCCCCAGAAAUACAUCCUGGAACUAGAGGAGCAGAGGGAGAGCGAAACCAAAGAGUCUUCGCCGUCUCCCCAGAUACCGCCCGUGACAUUUGAGGACCACAUCGGGGCAUUGGGGGCGUUGUUCCCAAAGUUUGCGCUGAGCUCGGAGGAUCCCACAAAGGUCCAGGGGGCGUUGGAGAAGAAGAGAUGGGGAUUGAGAACCCCAAGGUUAAUUACAGUGUGCAAGGGGUGGGUGAGAACUGGACGGAGAAAGAAGAAGACGGAGCAGUGA